CACGUAAAGUAAUAGCCUCUGUCUUCCUGACGUCAGAGCUCGUCUCGUCCCCUGAGAUGAGUUAAUAAAACAUAGUUCAUCGCCGGCCAUCGUUUCACUAGUCGCGAACUGUGUUUUGCUUUGAGUGAAAAAAUAAAAAAACCAUUUAUUUGUGAGUGCUGUUUAUGAUUUUUGACUAAUAAAGGUGUGCUUUCUUGGCGACAGACAAAUAUACGUGUGCUUUAUUAUACGCGGUGUGUGUGUUUUUGUUCCGUGCGUAAAAAAUGGACGCCCUGCGGGAGCAUGUUAUGAUCAAUCAAUUCAUGCUGGCUGCUGGCUGUGCUCGAGAACAAGCUAAACAAUUAUUGCAGGCGGCUCAUUGGCAAUUUGAGACUGCACUUAGUAUAUUUUUUCAAGAGGCUGCGAUACCUUCUUGUGCUCAGGGACCAGGUACACAUUUUGGACAGAUUACUCCCUGUAAUACUCCAGCGACACCUCCAAAUUUUCCUGACGCAUUAUUAGCCUUCUCCAAAAUGUCAGCGGGAGAAAAAACGCCCUCGGGAAUGUCUCCAAGUCAAAACGGUCACAUGUCCCAGCAACAGCAACAGACAGCAGCACAACAUCACGCAAGUCGAUGUAGUAUCUCCGGUGGAACACAACAAAAAACUCAAAAUCAACAACAAUUCGGUCUUGGCGAGCCGCAGAGAUAAAGAAUGUUACAUUUUGCCUUUGCACUAUGUGUUUCAUCGAUCGCAGAAAAAAAACUUAUUGCAAUGGCGCGUUCUAGUAGAAACAAAGUGAGGAAGCAUCGAUGGACCGCAAAUGCUGACAAUAUUCACAAAAGUAUAAAAAAAGCCUAAAAAAAACUGAUUGUCUCACAAUCAGAACUUUAUAAAGGCACAAUGAAAAACAAAAAUGAUAAAAUGAGCUUAAAUGAAUUUGUUUCUCCAUCCCAUAAUCAGAUGCUUCUCUGUGGAGGUUCAUCAACUCGGACACAAAAAAAACAUUCUAAGUUUCAAACGACUCAAAGAUGCAUAUGAAGAUUGAUUUCAAACGCCAUAGGGGGAAAAAAAGUGAAGAGAGAAUAAAAAUUAUAAAGACAAUGGUUACGUUAGCAAUUAAAUAAUCAUUUUUCUACUGCUUCAUCAUGUAUUCUUGGUUUCAAAGAAAACUUUUGCCGUAUUGUUUUUUUUUUCUGGCUGAGCCACAACAAUGGAUAUCUUCUCCACGAUGACAAGAAUGAUAGGGGGGGAGGAUGAGAGUGUAAGUGUGUGAGAGAAAGAGUGCAUGAGACAAGUUGUUCCGUGUUUUUCGCCGAAUUUGCGAAAAAAUUUUAAGGUCGGAGAGAGGCUCACAUCGAGGAUUUUGUCGAAACCUACCGCUUAACAAUUUUAUCGACUGAAUCUCGACAAAGUUAGGUAGGGGAAAAUAUACUGGUCCUUAUUUACAGAGUUGGGCUGUGUUAAACAAAAAUUAUUUGCACUGGAGAAAAUAAAGAGCGACAAAUUUCGCUGAAUAAUGUGUCAUAUGUUACUUGUACGAAAUAUAAUUCAAAAGUGACUGCAAUCGAUUCUAUUCGAAGAAUCAAGACUUGUAAACAAAAAAAUCCAAAUACAAUUCUUAAAUUGAUGACCAUAAAAAAUAUUUCUAUCUGCUUCUAUCUCUUUUACGAAUCGAUAUUUAAAUGAAGAAUGUCCGUAAAAAAAUCAUGUAGAAAUUCUAUCUAUCAAUUCUAUAGACGGACUUUUUUUAUUUUUUCUUCCUUUUCGAUCUCGUAUUAAAGCUCGGCAUUCUCGGACAAUAAUCCUUGAAUAUCCUGUUUUCCUUCGUAAAUAUUAUCUCUGUACACUAUUAGAAUAGCGAUAAAAAAAAAUGUUUAUCUCUUCGCAAUAUAAUAAAUAUAACGAGGAGUAUUAUUUUGUCAAUUCACCGUAGGUGAAAUAAACUAAAAAAUAGUGACUUUGGACGUCUUUCUUAUAUGUGUAUUGGAUUAUGGAAGAUUUUAUGAAAGAACUUUAAAUAUUUCUUUCCCUUCUUUUUUGUUGGUUAUUAUUAUUAUUAUUAUUUCUUUUUUCUUUUUU